UGUCACCAACCCAACACAAUUAUGCUGCAUUACUCCUCCGGAUGACGAUAUCAGCAGCGACAGAUUAAGCCCCCGCCCCAAGCUCUUCCGCCCCACCACGCUCCCUUCCCCCCCUCUCCUCCCCCCCCUCACGUCUCCUUAUAAUUCAUAAUCUCACCAUCUCCUCCCCCCAUCACCCAAUGGAUUCUUCCUCUCAUUUCCCACUCCUUGUUCUAUCCCUCUAAUCCUUGCCCAGUCCCCAGCAAUGGAUCUCCAUCCCAUUAUUAAUCCCUCCCCUGCUCCUCCCUCCCUCCUCUCCUCCCCCAUGCCGCCCUCCGCUCCCAGCCCCGGCCCUGCGGCCUCACGCCGAGCCGACUCCUCCCCCGGUUUCCGCCUCCGUCCCGGACUCUGAUCCGAUCGCAUUUCUACCCGAAUCCAUCAUGGCCGAAUCCAGCCGGACCGAGCAGAUCAUCACCCAAUUCUAUCUCAAGGCCCUCCACGCCAUCCUCGGCUCCCGGAUCCCCCACCUCCACGGUGACCCCUCUUCUUCCUCCGCCGCCGUCCGCGUCCGCAAGCGGGACCGCUGGUUCAAUCUCGCCCUCGGAGACCUCCCCCCGGCCCUCGACCAUCCCCACCACAGCGUCAUGGACCCCAUGAUCAUCGACGUCAUCCUCACCCCCCGCGCCGCCCCGGCCGCCGCCGAAGUCGUCGUCGAGCGCUGGACCGCCCAGUGCGAGUCCGCGCCGAUUUCUUGGAACCACACCCCCGACAGCUCCUCUUCUUUUCUCUUUCGAAGGACCUACAAGAAAUCGAUCCUCCUCCUCCGAUCCCUGUAUUCCUUCCUCCGCCUCCUCCCCGCCUAUCGUGUUUUCCGAAUGCUCAGCUCCUCCAACCAGUCCUAUAAUUACGAUCUCAGCUAUAGAGUUUCGUCCUUCGCGGAGCCGUUCUCGAGGGUGGAAGAGAGGGAAUUGAAGCUGCACAGCUUCACCCCGGUGGAGACUCAGUUCGGCCAACUCGUGGUGUCGGUCCAGUACCGCCCGACCCUCUCGGACUUCAAUAUCGAGGUCUCGUCACUGCUGCCGUCGAUGAUCAUAACCGAUUACGUCGGUAGCCCGGCUGCGGAACCGAUGAGAGCCUUCCCUUCUUCGCCGUAUGAAGGUGGAGCCCGGCCGAUGUCAUUCUCGCUGAGAGGCCAUCGGACGUCGGCUAAUCCUUCGGCCCACCGCCCGCACAGCUGGACGAGCGCGCCGUUGGCGCACCAUCCUAUGAGCUCGUCUCCUAUUCCGGCUUCAGAUGCAACGUUUUCGCCUCCUGAUGUGUAUGGGAAUCGGAUCUCGAGCCAGCGGCCGGCGACUCAUAGGAAGGGUAGUUUUAGCUUUGAUGAGUUUAAGCUCUCCCCGCCCUUCUCACCGUCGCCGACUCCGUCACCGCCGGCGCAUGGCAGCAGUUAUCUGCAGUCCCGUCUGCGCUCUGAAACUGCGCCGGUGAGCAUACCGCAACCGCCUACGGGGAAGAGUCAGGUGCAUCGCAGUCCUAAUCUUUCGGAUCCAACCAGAAGCUUCUUGCCGCCGCCAUCUCCGAGGAGCAUGAGGACGGAUCUCUCGUCUCAGAAUUCACCUUUGGAGAGUAGGUCUUUCAGAAAGUCGGAAGGGUUAAGGAUUGGAGAUACCUACUCAAACAUGCAAUUGUUUACAGCUCAGAAGAGCCUUAAGGAUGGUAGGGACGAUUCUGGAAGGUUCUCCAGUGUUUUGUCUUCUGGUGGUUCACCAAGGCUUGGGUUUUCAAGAAGCUCGAGCAGAUUGUCGAUCCAGGAUGAUCUUGAUGAUGGUGACUUCUCCUAUCCUUUUGCUGUGGACGAUGUUGAUACAUCAGAUUCUCAGACUAGCAGGAACCUUGAUAGAAAGGAAGCUCCAGAAUCUGUUCAGGCAUCAUCUCAUAAAUCACAAGAUGCAGCUGUUGGCAUUCUUGUUCAUAUGUUGAAGACAGCACCUCCAUUGCGCCAAGAUGAAAGCUAUUUGUCCCAAUCUUCAAGAUCUGAGUUAAAUCGAGAGAUUGGCACCUCCAGUCUUUUCAUGUCUCGGAAGACAUCUGAUGCACUGGAGGAGCUUCAAAGCUAUAAAGAAAUAAAGGAUAUUCUGCUUUCCCGGAGUGGAACUCAGUUACUGGAAUCGGUGCAACACAGAAAAGAGUAGCAUAUUCUGUGGGCGAAGCCUUCUCCCAAAUAUAUACUUGGAGUCAAGGGUGCUAAUUGCAGAUGCAGUUUGUCGCUGUAAUAUCACAGACAGGGUGAUGCUUCCAGUAGGACAUAACCAUGUAUAUAAAGCCAACUCACUGACGCUUGUUGCCAUCUUAACAGAGUACAAGAUGCCAUUGCAUUGCUGUGGAGAAAAUUCCUUUAGGAAUUCAUGACAGAUCCUUGUUUGCUCGUGCAGGUGCAUGCGCAUGAUUAGAAAUUAUCAUUUGUAUAGAGGUGGCAUCAUAACCAAUGAUACACCCUUUGCUUAGUUGGUUCUGAAGGUUGGUGCUAUGGAAUUAUGUGGGAUAGAUCUGUAUUGCUGAACUAAAUUGAGGAUGUUAAUCAGAUUGGUUUUUCUUGAGCUAGCUGUAUAUCAUUACUCUA